ACCAUGAAAAACAUUGGCCGUUUAAUUUAAGGAAUUUCCAUCUUCUUCCUCUUUCUUAUAUGUCUUUUUCAUGUUAUUGGAUUCUUCUAUAAAUUCAGGCUCUAACUUCUCUUUCCUUCACAAUUUAUGGCCUCUUCUUCUCAUUUUUUUAACACAAUGGACAGUUUUAACCAAGAUAGAACUUCUUCCAACUGGGGAGGACUUUCUAACUUUUCAACUGCAACCUCUUCUUCUUCUUCUUCUUCUUCUUCUUCUUCUUCAUUACCCGUCUCUUCUUUUUCUUAUUUAUCUAUCCCACCUUCUGGUUUAACCUCAACUGGCCUCUCGGACUCUUCUCCUGCACUUUUCUCUAAUAUUCUUGCUUCACCAACAGCUGAAGCUGCUUUUGGUGGGCAAACCUUCAACUGGAACAAUAAUAACCAGCAACAGGAGCAGAGUAACAAGAGAGAAGAGAAUAAUAACUUCUUUGAUUUCUCUUUUCAAACUCAAACAAGGCCUUCAUCAUCUUCUUCAAACAUUGUUUCAGUGCAGUCUUCAGUUAAAAGCCAACAUGAGUCAUGGAACUUCCAUAAGCCCACAACAAAGCAGCCCGAUUUCUUAGUAGAAAACAGGGGAGUCAAGCCAGAAUUUGCGCCAAUGCAAAGCUUCUCCUCAGAAAUGGCCUCAUGUCAAACAAAUAUUCAAAGUAAUCCUGCAACACCUCAGUGUACCAGAAUGCAAAAGAGAUCAGACGAUGGGUACAGUUGGAGAAAAUAUGGGCAAAAGCAAGUCAAAGGAAGUGAAAAUCCUAGGAGUUACUACAAAUGCACAUUCCCUGAUUGCCCAACAAAGAAAAAGGUUGAGAGAUCAUUGAAUGGACAAAUUACUGAAAUAGUAUAUAAAGGAAGUCACAACCAUCCCAAGCCUCAAUCUACCAGAAGAUCAUUCUCUCAAUCAAUGCAACCUUCCAUAUGUGCAAACUCUGAAGUACCUGAUCAAUUGGUUGGUGCGACGGGCGAUGCACAGACUGAGCCUUUCUCUAUGCAGGGUAAUUCUUCAGCCUCAUUUGGAGAGGAUGAUUUUGAGCAAGGAUCACCUACAAGUAAUCUUCAAGGAGACAUGGAUGAAAAUGAACCUGAUGCCAAAAGAUGGAAAGGAGACAAUGAAAUUGAGGGUGCUAUUGGUAGUGGAAGCAGAACUGCGAGGAAGCCAAAAAUUGUAGUUCAAACAACAAGUGAUAUUGACAUUCUUGAUGAUGGAUACAGGUGGAGAAAAUAUGGACAGAAAGUAGUGAAGGGCAAUCCCAAUCCAAGGAGCUACUAUAAGUGUACAACUAUUGGUUGUCUGGUAAGGAAACAUGUAGAAAGAGCAUCCCAUGAUACAAGGGCAGUUAUCACCACCUAUGAAGGGAAACACAACCAUGAUGUUCCGGCAGCCCGUGGCAGCAAUUAUUUGCUGCCUAGACCUUCAUCUAAUAAUACAAGCAGCAAUGUCACCAUGCCUAUAAAGCCAUUGGUAUCGGUGACUGCUGUUGCCGAUCAUUUUCAGAACACUAGGUUGCCAACAUCAGAUAGUCAAACUCAUUUUACAUCAGCAAUGCUGCUGGGCACAGGGAGUUUUCGUUUUUCAGAAUUUGGUAAAUCGGCCAGCUCUUACAUGAAUCAGACGCAACACUCAGGUGCUGUGUUUUCCAGAGCCAAAGAAGAACCCCAAGGAGACUCAUUCCUAGAUGCAUUCCUAAAUUAAAAAACAACUAACUUCAAAACGCACUUUAGCAGUAACUGUUAUCAAUCGUAUUUGAAUUCUUUUAUUUUUAUGUGGGUAGUGGCCCAGUAAUUUCUGUAACUGAUACAGGUGGACUUGUAUUUGUUCAUUUGUUUGACGCCUUAUAAACUUGACAGUUUAGAUACAGAACAAAUCACAGAACCAAAAGGAGAAAAAAGGGGCAUAUUUAAAUCUGAGAUUGAGUUGUUAACUUAUAUCCUGAAAUGAGAGCUGACAAUGCCAGUGCUAUGAAGGCCAAGAAUUCCAUGCUAA